AUGUGCUCCCUGCCUAUGGCAAGAUACUACAUAAUCAAAGAUGCGGAUCAGAAGGCUCUGUACCUACGAGACGGCCAGCUGCUGGUAGGAGAUCCCGACACCGACAGCUGGAGCGCAGAGAAGAUCUGCAUUCUUCCCAACAGAGGCCUGGACCGCACCAAGGUCCCCAUCUUCCUAGGAAUCCAGGGAGGAAGUUGCUGCCUGGCAUGUGUGGAGACGAGAGAGGGGCCUUCUCUACGGCUGGAGGAUGUGAACAUCGAGGACCUGUACAAGGGGGGCGAGCAGGCCACACGAUUCACCUUCUUCCAGAGCAGCCGGGGCUCUGCCUUCAGGCUGGAGGCUGCCGCCUACCCAGGCUGGUUUCUCUGUGGCCCGGCUGAACCCCAUCAGCCAGUACAGCUUACCAAAGAGAGUGAGUCUUUGGCCCGCACCGAGUUCUACUUUGAACAGAGUCGGUAA